AGAGAGAGAGAGCGACAGAGAGAGAGAGAGGGAGAGCGAGAGAGCUGCUCUGCGGAGGUUUGGAGUUGCACUGUCUUCCCGGUUCCUCUCGCAGGACGUUUCCCUCCCGAGCCGGGCAACGGGCACCGCCGGAGGCACCCUGCUGCCAGCGGGGUGAAAGCGGGCUCCACCGCCGCGGGCAGCCGGGCAGGGGGCUUCUACCCACCCACCCAGCCAGCCAGCCCCACGCACACACACCGGCACACACCCCUCUCUCUCUCUCUUUCCCCCCCACUCCACUCCCUCCCCCUCUUCUUCUCCUCCUCACACACACAUAUAUGUGCGUGCGGGCGCGUUUUUGGCUGCGCUGGAAGUAGCGCGCUGUAGACGGCGAGGAAGUCUCGGCAGCCUCCUCCGUCGCCCGCGCUGUCAGGAAUAGCGGCGUGAGAGGAAGAAAGGCCCUGGGGCACUACACCCUGCCAACGAGUUCCCUGCACCAGCCAGAAGGACUCCAGCUACAUGGGCAAACGCCUGGACCAGCAGCCAAUGUACCCCCAGUACACCUACUACUACCCCCACUACCUCCAAACCAAGCAGUCCUAUGCACCAGCUCCCCACCCCAUGGCUCCUCCCAGCCCCAGCACAAACAGCAGCAACAACAGCAGCAACAGCAGUGGAGAGCAGUUGAGUAAAACCAACCUGUACAUUCGAGGCCUUCCACCCGGCACCACUGACCAGGACCUUAUCAAGCUGUGCCAGCCGUAUGGGAAAAUUGUAUCUACAAAGGCAAUUCUUGACAAAAACACAAAUCAGUGCAAAGGUUAUGGUUUUGUAGAUUUUGACAGUCCGGCAGCAGCACAGAAAGCAGUAGCAUCUCUCAAGGCAAAUGGCGUGCAGGCACAGAUGGCAAAGCAACAAGAGCAAGAUCCCACAAAUCUAUACAUCUCAAAUUUACCUGUUUCCAUGGAUGAGCAGGAACUGGAGAAUAUGCUGAAACCCUUUGGACAUGUCAUUUCCACCAGAAUAUUAAGAGAUGCUAAUGGAGUCAGCAGAGGAGUCGGCUUUGCCAGAAUGGAGUCUACAGAAAAAUGUGAAGUAGUAAUUCAACAUUUUAACGGCAAAUAUCUGAAAACCCCACCUGGUCUACCAGCCCCCACUGAGCCUUUGCUGUGCAAAUUUGCUGAUGGAGGGCAAAAGAAGCGCCAGAAUCAAAGCAAAUACACACAGAAUGGAAGGCCGUGGCCCAGAGAAGGAGAGGCUGGCAUGGCUUUGACUUACGAUCCAACAGCUGCUAUACAGAAUGGAUUUUAUUCCUCACCGUACAGUAUUCCAACAAACCGCAUGAUUCCACAGACAUCAAUCACGCCAUUCAUUGCUGCUUCCCCUGUCUCUACAUAUCAGGUCCAGAGUACUUCAUGGAUGCCCCAUCCGCCAUAUGUUAUGCAACCAACAGGUGCUGUGAUAACACCAACAAUGGACCACACUAUGUCAAUGCAGCCAGCAAGCAUGAUGGGCCCUCUGACCCAACAGAUGAACCACCUUUCCUUGGGCACAACAGGAACAUACAUGACUGCUGCUGCACCUAUGCAAGGGACCUACAUUCCCCAGUACACUCCUGUGCCUCCAACAGCUGUCCCUAUUGAAGGUGUUGUUGCUGAUACUUCCCCACAGACAGUAGCAUCUUCGUCACAGGAAGCCAGUGGUCAACAGCAACAGAUGACAGUGGAAACAACCAGUGAACAUGCGCCUGCAUAUUCUUACCAACAGUCUAAGUAA